UAUUGCUAUACAUUGAAGUUCUAAAACAUAUGGACUUUAAAAAUUCUUAUGUUGUUAUAAGGAAGCAAAGCCCUGGGCCCCCUAAAGUUUCCCUGAAAAUCACGGAUGUGGGCAGAUCGAUUAGCAGGGGAAAAGGCAUACAAGUUUAUUUAACGUGUAUACACGAGCAUCUUCAGAAUGGAGACCCAGAUAUGCAGAGGAAAUUGUCCAUUUUUAUGCUUAGAUUCAAUACAGUAUAGACAACCAUGUAGAAAUACGACUAGGCAAAAGGAUAAGCUGUAAUGCAAAUAAACUGAGUGAGGAAACCCAGCAAGUCCUGUCUGGCUGGAUUCUUUCUGGCCUGUCUGUGCGAGCAUUCCUUCCUUCUGAGUGUGGGGAAGCACGUGGACUCGGGGUCUGAUGACCUACAGUCAAACAAGAGACACACACGGGACAACACGUCUGGAGAGACACAGGGAGAAGACAGCCAUCUGCAAGUCAAAGAGAGAAGCCUGCCCUUAUGGCCCUCAGGAGGAAGCCUGCUGAUUUCAUCUGGGACUUCUAAACUCCAGAAUUGUACUGAGUUCUGGGAACCACGUGUUUUCACUUUGUAAAUAUCAGGACGUGCCGCUCUGUUUCCAGCAGUCAUUGGACUUCAGCAUGAUCACUUCUCCGUUCCUGGCUUAUGUGGCAAUUUGGGUUUUCUGUGUCUUGAGAACCAGCUCUCUGGACACUUUUAUUGCAGCUGUUUACGAGCAUGCGGUGCUAUUGCCUAAUGCCAGCCUCACACCAGUAUCUCGUGAGGAGGCGCUGAAAUGGAUGGAUCAGAAUCUGGAUAUUUUGGAAGGAGCCAUCACGUCAGCAGCAGAGCAGGGUGCACAUAUUAUCGUGACUCCAGAAGAUGGUAUUUAUGGCUGGCACUUCAGCAGGGAAUCUGUCUACCCGUACUUGGAGGAUAUCCCAGACCCUCAAGUAAACUGGAUCCCCUGUGAUAAUCCUAACAGAUUUGGCCACACCCCAGUACAAGAAAGACUCAGCUGCCUGGCCAAGGACAACUCUAUCUAUGUUGUGGCAAAUAUUGGGGACAAGAAGCCAUGCAAUGCCAGUGACCCUCAGUGUCCCCCUGAUGGCCGUUACCAAUACAACACUGAUGUGGUAUUUGAUUCUCAGGGUAGGCUGGUGGCACGCUACCAUAAGCAAAAUCUUUUCAUGGUUGAAAAUCAAUUCAAUGCACCCAAGGAGCCUGAGAUUGUGACUUUCAACACCACCUUUGGAAGGUUUGGCAUUUUUACAUGCUUCGAUAUACUCUUCCAUGAUCCUGCUGUUACCCUGGUGAAAGACUUCUACGUGGAUACCAUACUCUUCCCAACGGCUUGGAUGAAUGUUUUGCCACAUUUGUCAGCCAUUGAAUUCCACUCAGCGUGGGCUAUGGGCAUGGGGGUCAAUUUCCUUGCAUCUAAUACACAUUACCCCUCAAUGAGGAUGACAGGAAGUGGCAUCUAUGCCCCCAAUUCUGCAAGAGCAUUUCAUUAUGAUAUGAAGACAAAGGAGGGAAAACUCCUCCUCUCACAACUGGAUUCCCACCCACGCCACCCUGUAGUGGUGAAUUGGACAUCUUAUGCCAGCAGUGUGGAAGCACUCUCAACUGGAAACCAGGAAUUUAAGGGCAUUAUCUUUUUUGAUGAAUACACCUUCGUGGAGCUCAAAGGAGUUAUGGGGAAUUACACAGUUUGUCAGAAAGAUCUCUGUUGUCAUCUGAACUACAAGAUGUCAGAGAAAAGAUCAGAUGAAGUUUAUGCCCUAGGGGCAUUUGAUGGACUGCACACGGUGGAAGGACGCUAUUAUCUACAGAUUUGUACUUUGGUGAAGUGUAAAACGACUGACUUAAACACUUGUGGUGACUCAGUUGAAACGGCUUCUACCCGGUUUGAAAUGUUCUCCCUCAGUGGCACUUUCGGAACUCAGUAUGUCUUCCCUGAGGUAUUGUUGAGUGAGAUACAGCUUGCACCUGGAGAAUUUCAGGUGUCAAGUGAUGGACGCUUGUUUAGCCUGAAGCCAAUAUCUGGACCUGUCUUAACAGUGACUCUGUUUGGGAGGUUGUAUGAGAAGGACCGAGCAUCAAACGCUUCAUCCAACCUCAUAGAGCAAGCACUAAGAAUAAUGCUAGCAGUUAUAAUAUCUAUUGUAUACUCAUUACGUUGGUAGAAUAUUGAUAUUUUCUCUCUUUUAUUUGAGAUAAUUGAAAAAAAUGAUGGAUGGCUUUUGCAAAUAGUGUUUUCUGGUAUAAGUGAAUUACUAAUUUCUUUUUAUUUAGAAACACACACACACACAUAUACCAGAUAAUAAAAGCUUUAUAUCAUAUCUAUUAAGAUAGAUUUAAAAAACUGUAUUUGAGCAUUGAUCUUUCUUGGAAUUGGGCUGUUUCUAUCAAAUGAGUAUAAAAAAUGUUUUAUGCAGAAGAAAUAAAAAUUACAGUUAAAAAGCACCUCAAAACUAUCAUAAAAUAUAACUAUUUUAUGUAUUACUAUUUUUAUUAUAACAUAUAUCUCUUAUUCAAUUCUGCAUAAAAUUAUCAGUGAUUUUAUUUGUUUGUUCUAUUAGUUAUUUACCUAAACAAUACAUUUCAAUUCUCUUAUGGACUAAAGAGUGUCCUCCUCAUUCAUGUGUUGGAGCCCUAACCCCCAGUACCUCAGAAUGUGACUGUGUUUGGAGAUAGGGUCUUUAAAGAGGUAAAAUAAAGUCAUCAGGGAGGACCCUAAUCCAAUAUGACUGGUUUUCUUAUAUGAAGAGGAGAUUGAAACACAGAUAUGCACAAGGGGAGACCAUACGGAGACACAGAAAGGACAACUAUUUACAAGCCAAUAAGACAAGCUCUCAGAAGAAACCAACGCUGCCGACACCUUGAUCUUGGACUUCCAGCCUCCAGAAUCAUGAGAAAAUAAGUUCUGUUGUUGACAUCACCCAGUCUGUGGACCUUUGUCAUAGGCAGCCCUAGCAAACUAAUACAAAGACCAAUUCUGCUCUCCUCUUCCCCACCACCACUGUCCACCAAAGUCUGAAGCUUGAGACAAAAUUCUUACCUCCUAAGAAUAUUCAGCCAGUCUGGGUCCCCAGGAUUCCAAUAGACACUCUUAGAGAGGGAUUGUUGAUGGAUUUAUAGUAAAACCAUUAGAUCAUCGAAUAGCUCUGGAAUUAGGAAACCAGAAAGUGCCAUUUUAAGAAAUUAUGUAUUUAAUCUAGCAUUAAAUAUUUGGGUUUUCUUUUUCAGUAAUAGCAGAAUCUCUUGACAUUAUAUGGUUUAGUGAAACAAAGAACAUCUUUUAAGUUGAAACAUCUCUCCACCGCUAGACUAUCACAUAGCACUAAAAUCAACUCACACCAUGUAAAACGUGCACAGGACAGCAGGGAACUUGCAGCAGUGACCCAUGCUGGCAAGACAUCAUUUUGAAACAAACACUUUCAUGACAGAUGCUUUUCCUAAAAAAUACCACCUCAUCCAAAAAUUAUUUGAAUAAAAUCAUCUUGUGCUUUUGCGUGA